AUGACCGAGGCAGCAGAUCAGAUUCGCUCGGAGUCCCGCAGCGACGAGAGCAUCUCCACGGCCCUCGAGGUCAUCGACAGGUGCUGCGACGACCCUGACUGCGCCCGCAACGCUGAGAAGCUGGAUGUGUUGCAGCCACUGCUGGACUUGCUGACGACCCAUGGGGGAUCUGUGAGAACCAGGACUCUGGAAAUCCUCGCGCUGCUCUUCUCAAACAAUCCCAAUAUCCAGGAAGCGGGCAUGAAGCGCGGCGCGGCGAAGCUGUGCAUAGGGCUCACGCAGGAGAGCCCCGUGGGUUCCGAGGAGCGGUCCAAGGCCUUCCGCGCCUUGGUGGCCUUGGUGCGGAACGUGCAGGAGUUUGAGAAGUUCCUGCUGGCAGAAGAGCCCGGCCGCGCGCUGCUUGUCCAAUGCUUGAGCCCCGAGGAGCUGCCAGGCACACGGGAGAAGGCUGCCUCCUUCGUGCGCUCCUUGGCGGAGAAUGGCUCCAUGGCACCAGAGCACGUGAAGCCGUUGGCGACAGCUUUGGCCGCGCUCUUCCCAAAGCUUCAGGAGGCGGGCAUCCAGUACAAGGAGACUGUGAGCUCCUGCGCUUUGCAGCUCAGCACUUUCAAGGCGGAGUGCCCGCCAGAGCUGCUCAGUGCGGUGGAGGCUCGCCUGAAGGAGCUCGACGAAAAAGAUCCCGAGGUGGAGAACGAGGUGUCCUGCCUGAAGCAGUGCGCGGAAGCCCUCGCGUAG